AUGGCGCAGGUCAAACAGGACCCGGAUGCCAUGUACAUCAAGGCGGAUCCCGACAGCAAGGAGGUUUCCCUGGCCGAUCUGGAUGAUGAAGACCUCUAUGAGGAUGCCGGAGAUUUGGACUUUUCCGCGGCGGGCUCAAGUAUCUGGCUUUCGCGUCUCCCGCGACAGCUGUGGGAGCACUGGGCGCACCUGGACGACGACGAAGAGAUUGAGGUCGGCACGAUGAGGAUAGAGAAAAACCCGACAGACCCCAAUGAUAUUAAGCGGGUUAGCUUGCGCCUCCAUCAACGACCAGACAACCACGAAAUCCCCAAGGAUUACACCCUCCAACAAACCACCAUCACCACGACGAAUGCCUCCCACAUGACUCAAAAUACCUAUUGUUUUACUGAAAAAGAUAUCCCCGGAGCCGAGAACCGGAUGGCGACCUUCGGAGAAACACGAUCAGCGCUGUACGAAGCUCAGAAACGUGAGACGCGUCGACGAGAGCAAGGCAAGCGAUGGGAGCCUUAUGUGCGAAAGACGAUCCCCAAACAAACGGCUCUUGUCGGACAAGCCGGCCACGAGUUCAAUUGUCUCCCUGUGGAGAACGAAGAGUUCCGACUGAUCUCAGAGAGGCGAGCCCUGGAGGCUCUGAAGCCAAGAAAGGAAACCAAAUUCAUCAAGCAGAUCCCCGGCAAAAUCUUGCAGGAGCGUCAUGCCCUUCCCUCCACCCAAGGCACCUUUGUGCAAGCGACGAAGCCUCUCAAGGCCAAGCCCCAGGAGAACAAGUACACCCGUAUUCCUCAAAACGAACUCUUGGACAAGAUCUUCGGCUGCUUCCGCGAGUACCAGUACUGGCCUUUUAAGGCCCUUAAGGCUAGGCUUCAGCAACCUGAGGCUUAUCUGAAGCAGACGCUGGAAAUGGUUGCGCAUCUGGUCAAGGCGGGUGACUUUGCGAUGACAUGGGAGUUGAAGCCAGAGGCCCAGCAGACGAACUAUGCUCAAAUGCCUAUUCCUGUCAAGGCUGAAAUGGCGCCCGGAGACAAUUACGAUUCGGAUGACGAUCCUACUGCAUCUGGCAUGGCUACGGAUCAAGAUGAUAUGCAGUUCGAAAAUGUCUGA